CAUCCAGAUUUCAAAUAUUAAUGACGGUUACAAAAUGUCACUUUAGUUUAUUAUAAAAUUUCUUUAAAAUCCGAAAAAAUGUUUAUAAACGACGUAACUAAAAAAGAAGAAAUAAAGAACAUCGCAGUAAAACAUUUACGUGAAAUUGGUGUUAAAUACAGACCUAAAAAACUUCGUAACGUGCAGGAGGAAAGAAUCGGUCGCCAGUGCUUUAAAACGGCAUUAUGCCUAUUGCCCAUGCAAACGGUAACGCUAGCAAGUGGUCAGCAAUUAGUAGUUCCUAAACUAGUCGACGAUCUGUGUUCGUACAUACUAACAAAGGUGACGACGGAAGGUCUCUUUCGUAAAGGCGGGUCUAAAGCUAGACAGAACGAGAUGAAGUUGCUCUUGGAUUCCGGAUCUUACUUGGGACAGACUCAUCAUGAAAUUGACGUCGCAAAUGUACUGAAAACGUUCUUUAGAGAGCUGCCGGAGCCAUUAUUUCCAUACGCCUUUCAUGAACUUUUUCUUCAUUGUGUUUUGUCUAGUCAACAACUUCAAGCAUUAAUGCUAUCUUGUCUUUUACUUCCGACCGAACAUCUAAAUACUUUGGCGUAUUUUAUGCAGUUUUUACGCGAAGUGAGUCAACAUUCUUCAUUGAAUAAAAUGGAUUCUCAUAAUUUAGCGAUAGUAAUGGGGCCUACGUUAUUUCCAAUUGAAGAAAAGUCGGCUUUCAAUUCUGCACAAAGAUUAACGAAAUUUUGUGAUAUAUGUAAAUUGCUUAUAGAAAACGCAUCUGAUAUUGGUUUUAUUUCCGAUCGUAUAAUCGAUCAAAUAGCUCCUACUUCUCUUUCUGCAGAUUUAGUUUCGUGUGAUGAAGUAAAUAAAAAGAAAAAGAAGCGCAGAAGUGGCUCUUUGACACGUAUGUUUAAUGGAUUAAGAAAGAUUGUUAGCAGCAAGUCGAUCGACACCUCUUCCAAAUCUCCAGAUCUUUUACAAACGCCUAAUAUAAAAGUGUCUGAUCGUAAACGAAGAUUAGACAUUCAAGCUUUUUCAAAUAAGAAAAAACACACGUUGAUUCAAAGCCUUCCUCAGCACACCGCCUUAAGCACACCGAUUAGUAUCCAUCCAAAUCCAAAAAAGAAUCCAUCUCCAAAAUCGACAAAUACAAAUAAUAGGUAAGUACAAAUCGAUUGUACAGGGUGACCAAAUCAGAAUGGCAUAUUGCUGUAUCGGAAAGUAACAAAAUAGAGCUUUCGUUUCGCAAGAACACUAGCAGAAAU